GCCAGGCUCUAGGGAAGGGUAGGCAGAAGCCGGUCGGCACGCGGCUUAUCGAGGUGUCACUGACGGACCGGUGUCAGACAGGACGGCAACCGACAAUCUACCGUCCGGCUUCUCCAGAUUGUACUUCCACUAAUACAUACAAGUCAAUAGCCAUGCCUUCUGAUUUGGCCAAGAAAAAGGCAGCUAAGAAGAAGGAAGCUGCAAAGGCUCGGCAGCGUAAACCCAAGACCAUUGAUGCACCUGAGGAAAAUGGUGACGUUGGUGUAGAGAGGGUGGACAAUUCAGAAACGCCGCAACUGAAUGGCUCUUCUGUUCAUGAUGCAGGAGUGGCACAAAUUACCAAUGAGCUUGAUGAUUUUGAGUUGAAGAAAGCAGCAGCACGAGCAGUCACAGGAGUCCUGGCCUCGCACCCUAAUAGCACGGAUGUUCACAUCAUUAACUUGUCACUCACUUUCCAUGGACAGGAGCUGCUGAGCGACACGAAGCUUGAGCUAAAUUCUGGCCGGCGUUAUGGGCUGAUUGGUCUCAAUGGAACUGGGAAAUCCAUGCUGCUAUCUGCUCUGGGCCAUCGGGAGUUACCAAUACCAGAGCACAUUGACAUUUAUCAUCUUACACGGGAGAUGCCACCCAGUGACAAAACACCACUCGAAUGUGUGAUUGAGGUGGAUAAUGAACGUAUUGAGCUGGAGAAAGAAGCAGAGCGUCUGGCCCAUGAAGACUCGGAGUGUGAGAAACUUCUACAGAUCUAUGACCGUUUGGAGGAAUUGGAUGCAGACAAGGCAGAAAUGCGAGCAUCCCGGAUUCUCCACGGGUUAGGGUUUUCACCAGCCAUGCAGCGGAAGAUGAUGAAGGAUUUUAGUGGAGGCUGGAGGAUGAGAGUGGCCCUUGCAAGAGCAUUAUUUAUCAAACCCUUCAUGCUUUUGUUAGAUGAGCCAACUAAUCACCUCGAUUUGGAUGCCUGUGUGUGGCUGGAAGAAGAAUUAAAAUCAUUCUCCCGGAUCCUUGUCCUUGUAUCUCAUUCCCAGGAUUUCUUGAAUGGAGUUUGCAACAAUAUUAUUCAUAUGCACAACCGCAAACUGAAGUAUUACACUGGUAACUAUGACCAAUAUGUGAAGACCAGGCUGGAACUGGAGGAGAACCAAAUGAAACGGUUCACCUGGGAACAAGAUCAGAUUACACACAUGAAGAACUAUAUUGCCCGCUUUGGACAUGGCAGUGCCAAGUUAGCUCGACAAGCUCAGAGUAAAGAGAAGACACUGCAGAAGAUGAUGGCCUCUGGGCUCACAGAGAAAGUCAUCAGCGACAAGACAUUGUCAUUCUGCUUCCCCUCCUGUGGGAAGAUCCCUCCUCCUGUUAUCAUGGUACAGAAUGUAAGCUUCAAGUACACGAAGGAUGGGCCGUUAAUCUAUCGAAAUUUGGAGUUUGGUAUUGAUUUGGACACCAGGGUGGCCCUGGUUGGGCCAAAUGGAGCUGGAAAGUCUACCUUACUGAAACUAUUGGCAGGUGAUCUCUUGCCUUGUGACGGAAUGGUUCGAAAACACUCGCAUGUCAAGAUUGGACGAUACCACCAGCACUUGCAAGACCAGUUAGAGCUGGACCUGUCUCCAUUAGAGUACAUGAUGAAAUGCUAUCCAGAGAUCAAGGAGAAGGAGGAAAUGAGGAAGAUUAUUGGGCGUUACGGGCUCUCGGGAAAACAGCAGGUAAGCCCAAUCCGGAAUCUCUCUGAUGGACAGAAGUGCCGUGUAUGCUUUGCCUGGUUGGCUUGGCAAACCCCACACAUGCUUUUCCUUGAUGAACCUACAAACCAUCUGGACAUUGAAACCAUUGAUGCCCUGGCUGAUGCCAUCAAUGAGUUUGAGGGUGGAAUGAUGCUCGUCAGCCAUGAUUUCAGGCUCAUUCAACAGGUUGCUCAGGAGAUCUGGGUGUGUGAGAAGCAGACUAUCUCCAAGUGGCAAGGGGACAUUUUGUCUUACAAGGAACAUUUGAAGUCAAAGAUGCUUGGUGACAACCCUCAGAACAGCAAGAAGACUCCCAGUGUCUGAAGUAUUCUUAAUAACUUGGCAUCAUUGUUAGGAGAAAUUCUAAGAACAUUACAGAUCAUCCUUUUAGAAUCCAGGCGGCUCAACACAGCAGUAUGGGUGUGGCUGAGUUUUAAGCAUGCUGGAUAAUUUAAAAAUCAAAUUCAAAAAAUAAAUUGCUGUUCACAUGUUAGGUUCCUGAUCCUCGAGGCUGUAGUUUUCACCUGAUUGGAAAUAGCAGGUAGGUGUUUUUAAAACUAAAACACAGCCCAAUGCUUGCUGCCAUCCUCCAGCUAAAUAUUGAGGAAUUUGUCAUCUUGGAGCUUACUCUGAUGAGUUAGGUGCUGCCAAUGUUAUCCCUUUGUCUUGCUGCAACAGCACCGCCUUUACAAAACUCAGUUCUGUGUAAAAGAUCUGACCUGUCUGAAAUAACUGGUCCUGCAUGAGCCGUCAUCCUCUGCUCCACUCCUGGGGUUUUGCCCAUAGCCAUAACCAAGCCUGUCUCCAGACCUGCUCCCAUUCAUUAAAGGUUACCAGAAGUGCUGUAAGCUGAGAUGUGAAUGCUGGGCUACUUUGUGUUCUUCUCAUAACCUUGUAGUCUCUUCAGGACUUGGUAACCAAGCAGAGUUGCAGUAGUUUGCCAAGAAACAUAGCACCUCUUCCCUGUGCUGGGUCUACAGCUCUUUGCAUAUGCCAUAGGAGCCCAGGUGGGGAGCUGUGCUUACUCCAAUCUCUGGCGUAGGGGUUGAUUUAGGGGCUUGUGUAUGUUUUGAAGAGGACACUGCUCUAUGUGGCAAAUGCAUAAUGUUAACCCACAUUUCCCAUUUACUUGUAUUUUUUAUGUUCUGUUUUCCUUGUUCAAAUUGCAAGUCAUUUUAAACUUUGUCCAUCUCCAGAUGAUGGUACUGGUGGUCAGUUCUGAUUAAAGCCCAGACCAAUGUUAUAAAUAUUGCUGAUUUUUGCAUUGAUACUUGCUGUGUUGUUGGAAAGCCAUCAACAGCUUGAAUGUAAGGCUUCCGAGAGAAGGUUUAGGAAAGAACCUGGAUGGAACUCUGUUUAUUUAUUUUGUGUAUUAUGCACUGAGAGCCUUCACUGUACAUAAUCCUGGCCUCUUUGGCUGACACUGAAGUGCUGUUACUGUGUAACCUUCCAAUGGUGAAUCUGUUGUCUGUCUUUACUCUGCUCAUCCUUUCAUUGCAACAUGUGAAGCUGUAAGUUGUUUCAAAGACUUGCAGGGUUCAAAUCCAAAAUACCCUGUCCCUGAAGAGAUUAUUGAUGUUUGCAGGAUUCCUUCCAUUUUCACAAGGGAGUUGUUGAAUUGAUUCAGUAACUUGGUGUCACUUUUUGGAGAUGCUGGUGUUGGACUGGGGUAUACAAAGUUAGAAAUCACACAACACCAGGUUAUAAUCCAACAGGUUUAUUUGGAAGCACUAGCUUUCGGAGCGCUGCUCCGAACCACCUGAUGAAGGAGAGUUGCUCCGAAAGUUACUACUUCCAAAUAAACCUGUUGGGCUAUAACCUGGUGUUGUGUGAUUUCUAACUUUGGUGUCACCUGUUAGAGAACCACAAUACUUAGGCACUUGGCUUGAUGCUGACAGUACGCUCUGUUCAGUGUGGGUUUUCUCAAUUCUGUGGAUGCUGACCUGUUGCAGUAUGUGAGAUCCCAUUCCAUUUAUUAAUGAGGGUGAGCUGCCAGCCUAGUAUUCAGCAGUUGUUUAUGUGCAAGACUCCACCUGCACUGCCUGUAAAGCUGCUCCAGGCUCGGCUGGAUCUUAGUGAUAUGCAUGUUUCCAGUUUGUGGUACUAUUGAGACACUACGACCUCCCGUGGCCGAUUGGUAUAAGAAUAGAGAACGUGGAAGUGUGGGGGUGUCUCAUGGGUUAUUCUGAAUAAGAGACUGAAUUUACUUACUUUUCCCUUUGUUAGAUGUUGCAUGUAGCAUUCACACCUCCUCCAAUGCUUUUUAAAAAUAUAAACAGUGAUCAACUUUAGCUCAGAUGCACAAGCAACAUUUGAGCGCACAGUGUGCUGCAAGAGAAGUGGGUGGUGGUUAUGAAACCCAUCUCUCCAUCUUGAAUUUCAAAGGUAUGGAAAUUUCUUCAGUUGUAAGAGUGGAGUUUCCUCAUUAUUCAUCUUAAAAGGUGCUACUAUGACCAUAUUUCCCUAAAACAUGUACAUUCAGUGAUUGAGAAUGUUUCAAAUGCUUUUCUUUACCUGACCGGUGAUUUGGAAUCUUGAAGUUUGAUUGUCACCUUUAUGGCCAGUGAAUCUUUCUGUCUAGUUUCUCUUCCCAUCUCUGUAUACAUGCUCACACACCGUGGUCCACAGGGUACCAUUCUGCUUUUCUUCCUCUUCCUACCUGAUCCCAACUUGCGCUUUAACCCCCUACUUAUAGAGGGUGGGGCAGCAUUCCCUAUAGUCAGAUGCAAUGCACCCUGCAAUUACUCCUACCAUUGACACAUCAGUACUGUACUCCAGUGUUAUUGGCAGAUCUGUGCCCCUAGUGAUACACUUUAAUUGAUAGACCUGUUUGGAAGGAGAGAAUUAUAUUUGGUAGAUGUGAACAUAGCAUAUCAACUUUUUUUUUCUGGAAUUGCUUGGUUUCUUUGCAAUGUAAUAAUUCAUUGAAUCUCAUUUUGAAAAGUAAAUUGCAACUUUUGAAUCCCUGAAAGUAAAAUGCAACUGAUCAUCUGGAGACAAGAGACUGCAGAUUGUUUGGUUCAAUGUUAUAUUUGAGGGAAAAUAAAGUUUACUGGAGAGUGU